AUGGACAUUACUCAACAUUCAUCAUCAUUUUAUUGGGAUCAAGAUAAUAGUUCUAUUCUAUCGAUUUUAUUAAAUAAUAUAUCGAUUAACAAACAACCAAUUAAAUCAAAUUAUUUAGAUUUUGAAAAUACAGAAAGAUAUCUUGAAGAAAAUCAAUGUGAUUGUCAUCGUCAAUAUAUUGAAAAUGAGAAAUUAACUAUUAAUGAAGAACAAGACGAUGAUAAUGAACUAAAAAGAAAGUCAAAAAUGUCAAUAUCUAUGAAUAAAUGUAUAUGGUCUUAUUGGAAUAAAUUUCAAAAAUCUAUAUCAAAUUUUGUUGCAGGAAAAUAG